GAAAGAGUGACUGCGUAGAAGAAUGGCAACUGGUGAUCCAAAAUCCAUGGACUUGGCUUCAAGUGAUAAGGAAAACGGCGUGGUUGACUCUCCAGUACAGCUUGAUGCAGGAGCUCUAUUCGUGCUCAAAUCAAGAGGUUCAUGGUUGCACUGUGGGUAUCACUUGACCACAUCAAUUGUGGGUCCUGUUAUCUUUAGUUUUCCCUUUGCUUUCUCAUUGCUGGGCUGGGCACCUGGAAUUCUCAUCACGCUUCUUCAAGCUCUGCUCACCUUUUACUCCUACAACCUUCUCUCCCUGGUUUUGGAGUACCAUGCUCAUCUUGGGAACCGACAACUUCGAUUUCGAGACAUGGCUACUGACAUUCUUGGACCAAGAUGGGGCAAAUAUUUAGUUGGCCCACUUCAAAUUGCAAUAUGCUACGGUGCUGUUAUUGCCUGCAUUCUUCUUGGAGGACAAAGUCUUAAAUUCAUUUACUUGCUCUACAAUCCAAGUGGGAAGAUGCAGCUGUACCAGUUUAUAACCAUAUUUGGAACAGUACCACUAGUGUUGGCACAAAUACCAUCCUUCCAUUCACUUAGGCAUAUCAAUCUUGCCUCUCUUCUCCUUAUUCUUGCUUACACCGCAUUGGUUGUUGCUGGUUCAAUACACAUAGGUAAUUCCAGGAAUGCACCUAACAAGGACUACUCAGUGCAUGGAUCUAAAGAAAACCGUAUUUUUGGAGUCAUUAAUGGUAUUUCGAUCAUCGCCACCACAUAUGGAUGUGGGAUUAUCCCGGAAAUACAGGCAACAGUAGCUCCCCCAGUGAAGGGCAAGAUGUUCAAAGGUUUAUGUAUAUGUUUUGGUGUCAUAGCCAUCACGUAUUUCAGUGUGGCCAUCUCUGGUUAUUGGGCAUUUGGGAAUCGAUCUCAACAAACGGUUCUUUCCAAUUUCAUGGCCCGAAACAGGCCAUUGCUGCCAAUUUGGUUUCUCUUGCUCACCAACAUUUUCACACUUACGCAACUGGCUGCAGUCUCUGUGGUUUACUUGCAACCCACAAACGAAGUAUUUGAAAAAUGGUUUGCAAACCCAAAGAUGGAUCAGUUCUCUGCACGUAACGUGAUCCCAAGAUUGGUUUUAAGAUCCUUGUCGGUGAUAAUUGCCAUUGUAUUUGCUGCAAUGAUCCCUUUCUUUGGUGAUAUAAUGGCAUUGUUUGGUGCAUUUGGAAUAAUCCCUCUGGACUUCAUUUUGCCAAUGGUAUUGUACAAUCUCACUUUCAAGCCAUCAAGAAAGGGAUUAGUGUUCUGGGGAAACACGUUGAUAGCAAUAGCAUCCUCGGCGUUAGUUGCAAUGGGAGCUGUAGCUUCGGUUAGGCAGAUUAUUCUUGAUGCCAACACCUAUAAUUUGUUUGCUAACAUGUAAUGCUGAAUAAUCAACAAGCCAAACAACCUGUGCUCAUAAAUGAGGUGCAAUUGGGAAUAA